AUGGCGUUUCUGGAAAGUUUAAAAGUACGUUCUUCUCUUUUUUUCUUUCGUGGUUACGCCAUUGCUAGUUCGAAGAAAGGAUUUGAAGAUAUCAAAGAUAAAGUUAGUUUAAAUAAAGAAACUCAUCCUUUAGAAGAAUACAAACUUGACCUCCAACAGUUUACUCGCGCUCUUUCUAAAUUCAAAGUUUUACCUAACGCUUUUAUGAAUGUGAGUGUCAAAAAUAUUUCCUUUAAAGAAAAUAACAAGAGAUUAUUCUUGACUUAUAAGAAUGAAAUGAAUCCCGUUUUCUAUGUCCCUUGGGCUCCUGUAAGCCAAGCUGGUGUAACUCUUAGGAAAGUAUACGAUCCAACCAACGAGCCUCAGCGUUCUUAUUACGAGAUCUCUCUUCGGUUUGAAAAAAAUUUUGAUAAACUGUGCCAGAAGUUAUUACCAGGAAACACAUUCACGAGUUCUUCCUCUGUAAGCCAGGAGGGCCGUUAUGUAAACCCGUACGUUAAGUGGAUCGAAUUGCUCAGCCAGAAAUACGCCAACUUUCUUCUAAGUAACAAAAAACACUAUCCGUUACUCCAUAAGAUACCCAGCAACAAGAUUCAGUCCUCAGUAGUCACUUUAUCAAUUAAGCGCAAUGAAGCCGAAGACGUAAUUAAUGUCAAGUUCAAAAGACCCGUAAGUCGCGCAGAUCUACCACUUUCAAAAGUUUUUGACCACAAGGGCCAACGGCUGUUCUUAAAGGAGCCAACGCGAACAGGAGAAAUUAUUUGCCUAAGCACCACGAUUUAUCCUUUUCUUUUCCAGCCAACAGAAAAGGACUCCCCCAUCUUUGGAUUAACGCAAUUAAUAAACGGAAUCGUUAAGCUUUGUUAA